ACUUGACAUAACUGGUCUUUCUCACACCAAACCCUUUUCCUCUGUUUUUCAAUCUCUCCUCUGUUCUUUCCUUAAAACCAUAAUGCGUUAAUGUCUGAUGCAAAAGGCAACAUCAGCUUAGCGAUUAGGGUUCCGGUCUCGAGCCAAUCUCUGUUUUCUCCCGGUGGUGGCCGAUGCAUUAGCAUUCCCCGGAAGAAACUUGUGCAGAAGAUAGAGGCUGACCCAACUCAAACCCGGAUCAACUCGUGGAUCGAAGCCAUGAGAGCUUCUUCCCCUACUCGGACCCGACCAGGGAACAUUUCAUCUCUCCCGGAGUCGGAUGAGGAGGAUGAGUACUCUUCUUGGAUGGCUCAACACCCCUCGGCCUUAAGCAAGUUUGAAGAGAUCGCUAAAUCUUCGACAGGGAAACAAAUUGUUAUGUUUCUUGAUUAUGACGGUACAUUAUCACCCAUUGUUGAAAACCCAGAUCAGGCUUACAUGACUGAUGAGAUGCGAGAUGCAGUGAAAGGUGUGGCUAGAUAUUUCCCGACCGCGAUUGUCACGGGGAGGUGCCGUGACAAGGUUCGUAGAUUUGUGAAACUACCUGGAAUUUAUUAUGCCGGCAGCCAUGGAAUGGAUAUCAAAGGACCUUCCAAAAAAUACAAAUAUAACAAGAACAAUAAAGGUGUUCUUUUCCAAGCAGCGAAUGAGUUCUUGCCCAUGAUUGACCAGGUUUCUAAGUGUCUAGUUGAGAAAAUGAGAGAAGUAGCAGGAGCAAGCGUCGAGAACAAUAAGUUCUGUGUGUCCGUUCACUACCGUUGCGUUGAUCCAAAGGACUGGGGAAUAGUAGCAGAAUACGUGACAUCGAUAUUAAGUGAGUACCCGAACCUGAGGUUGACACAAGGAAGAAAAGUUUUUGAGAUUCGACCAACCAUCAAAUGGGACAAAGGCAAAGCCCUCGAGUUCUUGCUCGAGUCUUUAGGAUUCGGACACUCUGACAAUGUUUUGCCCAUCUACAUAGGAGAUGAUCGUACGGACGAGGAUGCUUUUAAGGUACUGAGGGAGAAAGGACAAGGCUUUGGUAUACUUGUGUCCAAAGUUCCAAAGGAAACGAGUGCUACAUAUUCUCUUCAAGAACCUUCCGAGGUAGGAAAAUUUCUGGGACGACUGGUACAAUGGAAACAAAUGUCACUCACAAGAAAAUAGCCCAGUUACCCAUUUUAUUUUAUUUUCAGUUUUUCACUUUAAUAAAUGAGUUAGCGAACACCUGCAACGAAAAUUGUUGUAUGUCUUUUACCCAAAAAGGAAACAUUGUUGUAUGUUGAUCUUAUCCUAUCCUUUUUAUGAUUUUUUUUAUUUUACUCUUCUUGAGCAAAUGUAAUUUGUACAACAUUUGUUAACAAAAUCAUUAUAUAAGAUUACACAAAAAACAUUAUA